ACAAUGCAAGAAUGUAUAUAUUUUUAGUGUUCAUGUUAAAUCUUCAAAUUGCAAUUACAACUUUGUUAUUUAUCUGGAUUUCUCUUGAAUAAACAUUUAGGUGGUGAUUUUUUUAAGCCCAUUAGUUAAUUAAAUUAUUUUUGGCAUAUAACUGCAUAGUGCAUAAUUAUUAGGACCCUUUUAUUUGUAUCAAUUGAUUGUAGAAAUUAUAUUCAAAUUGGAAUUUAGAGAAGAAUAAAGAAUGGAAGGAUCUAUAUUCAGUCCUGCAUUGGAGGCGUUGGAGCAUGUAAGGUCUGAAGAUGGAAAGAUUCUCACAAAACCUUUCUUGGAUGUAUGCAAAUUUGUAUUACCAGUUUUAGACAAGUUUGGAGGAGCAUUUUCAUUUGUAAAAACUGAUAUCGGUGGUAACAUAACCAGGUUGGAGGGCAUAUAUGAGUCUGACCCUUCUGAAUACAAUUUCUUACACACUAUAGUGCUAAAAGAGGUUGAAGCUAAAACAGAAAAGUCUCCACCAAGCUGCACAAAUGCCCUACUAUGGUUGUCAAGGAGCAUGGAUUUCACAGUACAACUAUUCAGCAACUUACAUGAACACGAGGAUUGGAGCAUGAAACAUGCUUGUAGUGAUUCAUACAACAAAACAUUGAAAAAGUGGCAUAGUUGGCUAGCCAGUUCUAGUUUCAAUGUUGCAUUGAACCUUGUUCCAGAUAGAAAAAAAUUCAUGGAGGCUAUUGGUACAGGGGACCAAAUAAGUUCUGAUAUGGAAAAAUUUGUUACCAAUUUCUCUUCCGUACUUGCAGAGAAUCAUAAAUUAUUGGCUAGUGUUGGAAUGGAUAGUAUGAAAUUUUGAUGUGCAUAGUGAAUAUUUGAAGUGGAGCAUUUUUUCUUUUCUUUUAUUACAAUUGUUUAUCUUAUUAUUUAUAUGUCCUGAUAUUUUAAGAGUAUUGUUAUUGGUUCAAUACUCCACAUAUAAAAAGAGGUUAUAGUUUGCUAUGUAUACUUUUAAUUGAUUGUAUGUAUUUGAAAAAUGUGUA